AUGGAGUGGUUAUGUGAGGCAACGCCUAAGGAGAUAGUAAUGGUAGGAAGAAAAGCCGAAACUAUGGGGGAACUAAAGCAAUUAGUUGAAAAGCACAUUCAGAAUAGAAUAACAAGGAGAAACUCAUAUGAUCCAAUAUGUAGUGAGUGUGGAAGUAAGUCUAUUGUAAUGAUAGAUGGGGCAGAUACAUGUACAAUGUGUGGUACCAAUGUGUGAUACAUAUACAAUGUGUACAAUGUGUGAUAUAAACAACUUUUCAUACUACGUUAGCUACAACUACAACAAGGAUGAGAACCGUAAGAAAAAGUCUUACCAUAAGCGGGUUCGUUGGUUUGAGAGACAUUUGUUUGAGCAUGUUGCUAACAGGGAUAGGGAUAAGAUACUGGAGCAGUUUAGAAGCAUCGUUAGAUGAGGAUAGGUUAUGUGGUAAGGUAUUUGUUGAACUUGGAUGGAAACCUGAAGGUGCCCCUACUAUAACAAUUGGAAGAACAGUGAAAGUUGAGCCGCAUAGGUCACCGCAUUAUUUUAACACUAGCCUAGUCAUUGACUGGGCUUUUUUAAGUAAUCACCCCAAAUCACCGCAACUCAUAGGGAAACAAAAAAAAAUCAGAAAUGACAAAAAGUAA